AUGGCGGCGGCGACGGCGGUGGAGGCUCCCGUGCUAUGGCGGCGGCUGCUGAAGUAUUUGCCUCGGGGCAGGCCGGUUUGGGCCGCACUCCUCGGCCGCCUCUCGGACCGCCUGAGCCGGGGCCGCGAACGCCGCGCUCGCAGAUCAUCAUGGCUGCUUUUGGCUCCGCUGCUCUCUCCUGUUGUUCCUCAACUAACAGUCCCACCUUGUUCGCUCUGCUCAGAGGGAUCACAUAGAUUUCAAUGGAUCAGAAAUUUGGUCCCAGAAUUUGGAAUUGCCAGCUCUCACGUCAAGGUGCUUUCAUCUCCAAUAGAAUUCUAUGAACUUAUGAAGAGACAAAUUAAGAUGGCCAAGAAGCGAGUAGUUCUGGCUUCGCUGUACCUUGGAACAGGACCCCUGGAACAGGAACUAGUGGAUUGCAUUGAAAUAGCUUUGGAGAAGUCCUUUCAGGAAUGUAGGACUUCCAGUUUUACAGUGUCCAUUUUGCUGGACUUCACAAGGGGAUCCCGGGGCCAGGAGAACUCUCGGACUAUGCUCCUUCCACUCCUGAAGAGAUUUCCUGAGCAGGUCCGUGUCUCUCUCUUUCACACUCCUAACCUACGUGGUCUUCUUAGACUCCUAAUCCCUGAGCGUUUCAAUGAGACCAUCGGGUUGCAGCAUAUCAAGGUCUAUCUCUUUGAUGAUAAUGUGAUCUUGAGUGGGGCCAACUUGAGUGACUCCUACUUCACCAAUCGUCAAGACCGAUACAUGUUCCUUCAAGAUUCCCCUGAAAUUGCAGACUUCUUCAGUGAGCUAGUAGAUGCUGUUGGAGAUGUUUCCUUGCAGUUACAGCAAGAUGACACAGUCAAAGUGGUGGAUGGGAUGCUGCAUCCUUAUCAAGGAGACAAAAUGGCCUAUUGUGAGGCUGCAAAUAAGAGAGUGAUGGAAGUAAUCAAUUCUGCAAGGACCAGACAGGAGCAGUUGCAUGCUCGGACCUUCCACAGAAACGGUGCAGAAGGAGAAAUCUCAUUGUCCACAGAUCGAAAAGCAAUGGGUGAUGGGCAGCCAGAACCAGACACAUGGAUUUAUCCACUAAUACAAAUGAAACCUUUUGGAAUUCAGAUAGAUGAGAUUGUCACAGAGACUCUCCUGAUGGAAACAGAGCGGGGUGCCAAUGUUUACCUUACUACUGGUUAUUUCAACCUUACGCAGGCAUAUAUGGACCUGAUUCUAGGCACCAGGGCGAAGUAUCAGAUCCUUCUAGCUUCACCAGAGGUCAAUGGAUUCUUCGGGGCCAAGGGUGUGGCCGGUGCUAUUCCUGCUGCCUAUGUUUACAUUGAACGACAGUUCUUCAGUGAAGUGUGCUCUCUGGGUCAGCAAGAGAGGGUCCAAUUACAGGAAUAUUCUAGGAAUGGAUGGACAUUUCAUGCCAAAGGUCUCUGGCUGUACCUGACAGGGAGCGGUCUGCCCUGCUUGACUUUGAUUGGGUCUCCUAAUUUUGGGUACAGGUCAGUUCAUCGGGACCUGGAAGCACAGGUUGCAAUAGUGACAGAAAACAAAGCUCUGCAGCAGCAGUUCCAUCAGGAACAGAUACAACUCUACCUACAUUCUGGAAUGGUCUCUGCCUCAACCUUUGAGCAGCCUAAUCGCUAUAUCAAGCUGUGGGUGAAGUUGGUGACACCUCUGAUUAAGAACUUUUUUUGAGAAGAGAGAGGUUGGUCCUUGGGUUGAAGGUCCACACAUAAGUGGGACCUCGCAUGCGUGUUUUGUACACGGGACACUCAUACAUGUUCUUGGUGUCCAUGCGAUCUACAGGAAUGGCUUUGAUGAAGAUGACAGGCAUGGAGGGUGUCAGCUCCUUCAGGCGUGCAUCGCUGAUGACGCCAGUUUGAGUAUCCCAGCGAGCACCUGCGGCAAGACAGGAAGGAAUUCAAGACCCGUUGCUUCACUUGAGCCCAUGUUUCGUCGGCUGCCAAUCCAAAUAAAGGGAGCCCAGCAUGACUGCUAGUCAUCUGUCAUUAGCAGCAUGGCUAAAGGCUCAAUGCCUUGGCUUGGAUGUAACUUUUGUGCCAUCCCAACACUUCGAUAAGUAUUUACAGUGCUGUGAAUAGAAUCGUUAAAAAAUAACAGUGGAUUUUAUGCUGCCCUGAGCCUGUAAGCAAAGUUGUUUUGUUACCGAAAGUUGCAUACUCUCCUUUUAGUUUCCUCUUAGAUUUGUAGACAAGAAUAAAGCCCAUCUGUACUUACUUUUUCUAGCCCAAUUUUAAAUUACGUUAAAAAGAUUUAGCCUAGACACUACAUUCCUUGCUUUGAAAUAAUAAUUAUUUUAAUAAGAGCAGUUAACAUUUAAUAACAGUUAACUUGGUCUUAAAUGUUCCACUCAGUCUGGAUGCAAUAAUAUGGGCAUGUGCUGCCCUCUGUUGAAAUGGAAUUAAAAAAAUAAAGCAGCUACCAAACUGUC